AUGGAGAUUGUAUAUGUAUAUACAAAGAAGAGAAGUGAGUUCGGUCGCCAGUGUAACUUCAGCGACAGGCCGGCUGAACUUCACGUAGACAUCAUACCAGAUGCAACACAAGCAGAUAAUUUCAUUGAGAGGAAUCCCGUUGACAAUGGACUCCAACAUGUUCAAGAGAUGUCUGAGCAUGAGGUCAACACAGAAAGAUUUGAAACCAGCACACGGGGAGUGAACCAUACAGAAGGAGGCUGGCCCAAAGAUGUCAACUCACAGGAAGUUGAGCAGGUCACCAGAUACAGAAAGAAAGUGGAGAAAGAUGAAAUGUACAUUAACACAAUUCAGCAACUUGCAACAGUCAUGGAACACUGCAUCAAACAAAACAAUGCUAUUGAUAUAUACGAGGAGUAUUUUGAUGACAUUGAAAUUGAUGCUGUAGACGAAGUCCCGUCAGCCAAAACAAUAAAUGUAUUCAGGGAUCCUAAUGAGAUCAAAAGAACAGCAACAAACCUCUCCUGGUUCCCGGAUGGUCCGAGGAAACUUGCAGUUGCUUACUGUAACAUGGAAUUCCAGGGCUCUAGUCCGGAUACAAGCAUGGAGUCCUACAUUUGGGAUGUUGAGAACCCCAACAAGCCAGAAAUGACACUUAAGCCAGUAUCUCCAUUGGUGUGCUUAGAAUACAACCCUAAAGAUUCCCAUGUACUACUCGGCGGUUGUUACAAUGGUCAAAUCGCUUAUUGGGACACAAGGAAAGGUUCACAGCCUGUCGAGAUGUCACCUAUAGAACACAGCCAUAGAGAUCCCGCAUAUAAAGCCAUCUGGAUCCAAUCAAAGACUGGUACGGAGUGUUUUUCUACGUCCUCGGACGGUCAGGUGCUUUGGUGGGAUACCCGUAAGAUGGGUGAACCUACCGAAAAACUUUAUCUGGAUCCAACAAAAAAGCAAGACCCAACGAAAGCACAAGGUGCCAUGGUACUGGAGUAUGAACCUACCAUGCCAACAAAAUUUAUGGUUGGAUGUGAAACAGGAACUAUUAUGUCAUGUAACAGAAAAGCUAAGACGCCAGCAGAAAAAAUUGUAGCAUUGUACCACGGUCACUUAGGGCCCGUAUAUUCAUUACAAAGGAAUCCAUUCUUCCCCAAAAACUUCCUUAGUGUUGGCGACUGGAAAGCAAGGAUUUGGUCUGAAGAUAUCAGGGAAUCCUCAAUCAUGUGGACAAGACAAUACUCCUCCUACCUGUCCGACGGCUCAUGGAGCCCGGUCCGACCUUCGGUGUUCUUUGUCACCAAAAUGGAUGGCACAUUGGAUGUUUGGGAUAUCAUCUUUAAACAGAGCGACCCAACACUUAGCCUACAGGUUUGUGACGAGCCUCUACACAGUUUACGAGUACAGGAAUCAGGGCGGCUCAUUGCAUGUGGAUCUCAUUCUGGAACUACAACGUUACUGGAACUGUCUGAGGGUCUGUGUACGCUACAGAGAAACGAGAAGAACUUAGUCACGGCAAUGUUUGAGAGAGAGACGAGGAGGGAGAAGAUCCUGGAUUCUCGUCACAGGGAAAUGAAACUCAAGGAACGAUCAAAGAGCUCAGCUGACAAAGACAAGGAAGAUGAGGAAAAGGAAGAAGAUGGACAAGAAGAAGAUCUUUAUGCCAGGGCAGAAAAGGAGUUUUACGAUAUCAUUGAGAAGGAGAAGAAAAAUCUGGAAAAGAAACAGGCAAAUCAGAUGGAAACUGACAAAGGGGACACCGGAAAACAGUCCCCAAUUGCCGAGGAAGGAGAGGAAGAAAAAACAACGGAAAAUGAAGAGAAAUCAGACACCAAAAAAUAAAUGGACAUAUAAGCGUAGACAAAAAUCUUAACACAAGAGAUUUGGACAGACGACUAGUGAUGGGGUCAGAUUCACUUUGGAAGAAAACAUUGCUUCAAAGUGACUUUGAUAAGUUUUCAAAUCAUGACGGAGAAAAAGGUCUCCCUCCGGAUGGAUGGCAGUAACACUUGGGAUAAGUGCUCAACUUUACGAUUUCGUGCAGACUGUUGAUAACAAUAAGUUCUAUUUAAAUUAGCAUUUAAAUCUAAUCAAUAUUCGAAGAAAACAAAUUGUAGACUUUUAAUUUGAACUGUGAGGUGUCUCUGUCAAGUUUCCUUACUAUCAGUGCUAUAAUGUAUUGAA